AUGGAGCCUAUGGGAGCCAUCUGUGAGAGAGAAUGGGGCUCUCUUGGUGGCAUGUAUAUUGCUGAGGAGUCUGAAUUUAUGGCUCAGUUGCUUCAUAACAAUGCUUCUUUACCCAACGACUUGAUUGGGGAUUCAAGCUUGAGAGCCCCUUCUGAUUUUUGGCCUGGCUAUGAGUCAAAUAUGAAUGGUGAAGGGCUUAGUGAAAGUUCAUACUUUUCUUUGUAUAUGCCUAGCUCUAACUUUUACAGUUUUUCACAAGAAAGUAAUUACAAUGGUGGUAGCUCAGGCCAACAAUGCUACGGCUCGAGUGAUUCUCAUCCAGUUUUGGCAUCCGAUGACAGCUCCAUUUCCAUGGAUUUUUGCAUGAUGAACGUGAAAAGAACUGGCUCCUUUCUCCUUGAAGGGUAUGACUGCUUGAACCAAGAAAAAACUGACGGCAAUGCAGAAGAAUCUGCGGGAAAUGUGCCUGCAGUUGUUCUUCAUUCUGAGAAGGAUUCACAGCACAGAAAAGAAUCCGAGAAGCCACCACCAGAAUCAAUCCCGGAAGAGAAGUGUAACAACCCACCCGGGAAUUCGAAGAAAAGAUCUCAGAGUUCACGAGAUAUUCGGAAGAAAAAGAGGAUGGCGCAAUCGGAAAAGAAUAAGAAAACAGGCAGCAAUGAAGAAGAUAGUAAUCCUGGCAUUGGUGAGCAGAGCUCCGGCAGCUUCUCCUCGGAGGAUGACUGCACUGCUUCUCAAGAGCUGAAUGGAGGCGCGAGUUCAGGUUUGAGUAGGAAAGUUCCUGCUUCUCCUGACUUGAAUGGCAAAACAAGAGCGAGUAGGGGAUCAGCCACCGAUCCCCAGAGCCUAUAUGCAAGGAAAAGAAGAGAGAGAAUAAAUGAGAGGCUGAGAAUUCUACAGAACCUUGUACCAAAUGGAACAAAGGUUGAUAUUAGCACAAUGCUUGAGGAAGCUGUCCAAUAUGUGAAGUUUUUACAGCUCCAAAUCAAGCUUUUGAGCUCUGACGAUCUAUGGAUGUAUGCUCCAAUCGCUUACAAUGGAAUGGACCUUGGUCUUGAUCUGAAGAUCAACCCACCCAGAUAA